UCUUUGGCAACAAACAUCAUACGGCAGACAUACGCUCGCUGGAAGGAACUCCGUAUUUUGUCUGAUUGUUGCAGUUGAGGAUCGCAAGCAUGGAGCAAAUUGUGGGUACACCGAAGCGUCCAUCCUCGCAGGAACCAAACAACUCUGCUGGGUCUCGAGAAGACUUAAGACAAGUCGUCAAGAUGAAACCCUACACAGUGCCAGCCUUUGUUGCUGAGCAUUGCGUGCCACCGGGACUUGAGUACUUGGCUCUGGUGGAUCAGAUAAUCGUCUCUCAGCAGCUUCAAAUCGUAGAGCUGUUAGUAGGCAUGGAACAGGCGAAUAAGUACGUGGUACGGAACAACAUGGGUCAGUUUAUGUACUUCGCCCUUGAAGAAUCCGACUUCUGUACUCGGUGCAUUCUUGGCGACAUUCGGCCAUUCGAAAUGAAGCUCAUGGAUUACCGUGGAGAGGAAGUGAUGCGAAUGUGUCGGCCACUUCGCUGUAACAGUUGGAUCUGCUUCUGUUGUCUGCAGGAGAUUCGUGUGGAGGCUCCGCCUGGAAGGAGUAUAGGACACAUAAAACAGGACUGUACGGUCGUCUAUCCUUCCUUCUCCAUAUUGAACGCUGUCCACCAGGAAGUCCUGAAGAUCACAGGGCCUCUUUGCACAAGCAGCUGCAUGGGAGAUGUCCCAUUUGAGAUAUAUACUUCGGAUAGAAAGCAGAAGAUUGGAAGAAUAAGCAAAAACUGGUCGGGCCUCGUCAAGGAAGCAUUCACAAAUGCCGACAACUACGCUCUCGCUUUCCCCAUUGACUUGAGCACGGAUAUCAAAGCCGUGCUUCUGGGAUGCCUCUUCCUCAUAGAGUUCAUUUUCUUCGAAGCAGGCAGGGCCCCGGAUCUACCUACGAAUAUCUUCAAUUGAAUGCGUAUGGACUAAUCGUCGCGAAUAAUUAAAACCACAAUUUUACAA